AUGAAAAAACAGUUUCCUGAUGUGGAGAAUUCGUUGGUACUUGCUUCAAUCCUUCUUGCUAAUGUUUAUGCAGCAUCAGGUGAUAAUGAAAAAGCAUCAGGUAUUAAAGAUCAUUUAUAUCGAUCAGGUGCACAGAGGAAAAUCGGUAUAACAGUGACUGAACUCAAUGGAAAUUUGCUACAAUUUUGUGCUCAUGGUCAAUCUCAUCCUCGAUCAGUUGAUAUAUAUGCUGAAAUUAAUCGAAUAUCAAAGGAAUUAAUUGAACAUGGUCAUGAGUACGAUGUAAGUUCGAUUGUACGAUCAAUUAGACCCGAUGAAACAAUUGAAUCGAUUCUAUGCGGACAUAGCGAACGAUUCGCAUCUUCUUACCAAACUCCUGCUCACUGGCAUAUAGCCAAAAUGAUUUUACUCACGAAGACCAAGGGCGGAAUCGUAACACUUAAUGAAACAAGACCCAUUUCAUUACUACCGUGUUUCUCAAAAAUCUAUGAAAAAUGUUUCCUAGUCCACUUAAGAAAGUAGGUGGACGAUCAAGGAAUUUUUCCCGAAGAACAGAGCGGGUUUUGUCCAGGACAUAACAUGGCCGUUCGUCUUGUCUCAAUGAUCGAUCAAAUAGGUCAAAGCCUAUCAAAAAGUACGGCGGCGGCAGCUUUAUUCGUAGAUUUCAAGUCAGCUUUUAACCAACUAUGGUACUUCGGACUUUGGAUCAAACUAAGACGCCUCGAAUGUCCAUCUCACAUAAUUGCUUGGCUCCGU